AUGUCGUCCAAUCACGCCUCUCUGGAUGCGGCCUCCACCGACCGUAAAGCCCGCCUCGCCAAACUCGCAGCACUUAAGCGCAAGCAGCCCGAACCUGAGACAGAAGUCGGUGGCGAUGAGGAAUUACCAGAUGCCGAUGAUGUUACUACAAAAUACAUCUCCGGCCGCAACUACGACGCCGAGACUCGCGGUCCGAAAUUGGGAUUUGAACAAGGCCCGCAGGAAGGCAAAGUCACGGUGGAAGCCCAGGCUGCGGAGAUCGCAGAGGCAGUGAAGGAACAAGCACGGAAAGACGAAGAAGAUGCGCCCAUUGAUCUGUUUAAACUUCAACCGAAGAAACCUAACUGGGACUUGCGCCGUGAUCUGGACGAGAAGCUCAAGACGCUCAACGUGCGAACUGAGAAUGCGAUUGCCCGACUGGUGCGACAACGGAUAGAGAACGCGCGGCGUGCAGCCAAGGAGAAGGGAGCUUCUAAUGGCGAAGGUGAAGAGGUGGGCAUUGAAGGAGACGCAUUGGUGGAGGGAAUCCAUUUGCGCGAACAACAGGAAGCUCAGGACGAGGAUACGGUUUGA